GAAACGCCAAGCAAACUGUAAAACAAUGGAAGUGAGCUGAACGCAGCCAUCUGUCACUGCCGUUCUGCCUGAGUGCAUUUUACCGCCAACUAAUGGCUGGAUGCAGAAAUGCAGGUCGCUGUUAACUCUUCUACAGACAUUUACAGAUGUUUUAGACAUUAUAGAAUGGUGAUGGGGGGAAAAAAUAAAUACCCUGGAAAACACGGGUCUGUGAAAACGUGCAACUUUAACAUUCGUAACAUGAAUAGCCCGCCUUCUGUACUAAUUGACUAACAAAUGAGACCGAUGUUUGUAAGCAGUUCUGAAUAUUCUCCACCUUCAUAAUAGAAGCAGCAGUACCAAGUGUACCUGGAAAUGUAUCCUGUAAUCCUUUUAUUCCAUUAAUUUACUGUAUGUGCUGUUCGUUGUUCAAUCUACACUGGCUGUCUUAAGGAAUGAUGAGGUACAUUUUAAAGAGAUGGGCAAGAAGGGCUAACUUUCAUCUUUUCCACUGUAGAUCUGCCCCUGGUGGAGUCAGUCGUAGUAGACCCUUGAUGCCUCUCCCCGGGGAAGGGUAACUGCAGGAUGUCCCACGGAAAUGACUCCUGCAUGAAGGGGCAGGAGAGAGUUGGAUAUGUAUCCUGCCUCGUCCAGCUGUGGGAGGACUGGGUUGCGCUGCGGGGUCUCGAGGACUACCUCAGCUACCUCGAUUACCUGGUGUGGGUGUUCAGCCCCCUGGCCAUCGUCUUCAUCCUGCCCUUUUUCAUCUUGCUCUUCCUCUACCUCUCCAUACUCUUUCUUCACGUGUACAAGCGCAAGAAUGAGCUGAAGGAAGCCUACUCCAACAACUUGUGGGACUGUGCGAGAAAAACGCUGGCCACGCUUUGGGAUGGACACGCGACCAUAUGGCAUGGUUACGAAAUCCAUGGCUUGGAGAAGAUUCCUGACAAAGGACCUGCCCUCAUAGUGUAUUACCACGGUGCAAUUCCCAUAGACUACUACUACUUCCUGGCCAACGUCAUCAUCCAGAAGGGCCGAACGUGUCACUCUGUGGCUGAUCACAUCCUUUUCAAGAUCCCAGGCUUCAAGCUCCUGCUGGAGGUGUUCAGCGUGAUGCAUGGACCCCAGGAAGAGUGCGUGAAGGCCCUGCGCAGCGGUCAUCUCCUGGCCAUCUCCCCGGGGGGUGUUCGCGAGGCCCUGUUCAGCGACGAGACCUACCCGCUGCUGUGGGGCAAACGUCAGGGCUUUGCCCAGGUGGCUAUCGAUUCCAAAGUGCCCAUAAUUCCUAUGUUUACACAAAAUGUUCGGGAAGGGUUUCGAUCCCUUGGAACACUAAGGCUUUUCCGCUGGAUCUACGAACGGUUUCGAUUGCCAAUAGCGCCUGUAUAUGGAGGCUUUCCGGUGAAGUUUCGUACCUUCCUGGGAGAUCCCAUUCCCUAUGAGCCUAACGUAACUGCAGCCGAGUUGGCACAGAAGGCACAGCAAGCAGUUCAAAGUCUUAUUGACAGACACCAGAAAAUCCCUGGCAACGUUCUUGCGGCCUUGCUGGAGCGAUUCCACAGAAGAUACAAAGACGAAUGACUUCUGUCUCUGUGCAGUAAAAACAAGGUGUAAUUCAUACUACGCUUGUUCCGAGUGGGUUCAGUUAUAGUGCAAUCACACUGUAUAAUCAAACCUCUAACCAUCAUAGUGGAUAAAGCAAUAUUUUGGCAGUCAUCUGACUUUCAUGGUUUGUGUGUAUGUGCACGAAAAGGUCUCCGCUGUGGAGCAUCCCGGGUACUCUUGUCUGUAAUCGCAAAUGUUGUACUUUAAAUACACAGAUGAUGACUUUAAAUCAAUGUGAUUUGCUGCAGCCUGUUCAAAGGCAUCUUAGAUGCUAGAUUUAGAAAUGCAGCAUAGAUAGAAGUGUAUGUAUGUGUGAAAGUGAGUGUUUGGGUCACUGAUCCUUGUACUGUUUUAUACUCCCUGAUUCAGUCUGUGUGGUGAGGCUGAAUGCCUACAGAGUUCUGGUCACUCGGACCUGUGUGGCUCUGGAGAAGGUCCUGUUGCCAAGGCGCCAGGGUACCAGAGCAUCAGAGUCUUUGCUCUAGUGUGGUCAUUCCAAGUGCCUAGUGAGAAUGUGGGCACUGUUUUCAAAGACCCCCACCCCCCCCCCUCAAAUUUUACACUGAUCUAAAUCAGAGGCCCUCUUGGCUGGACGAACACGGUUUUUUAAACUAUGGAACCAGUUCAUUUAAAAAGCAACACUGCCAAUCGUUGUUUCGUUAUCAGCGCAAUGUACACCUCUAUCGAAAUACACCACUCUUUUUAGCAUGAAGUGACUGAUUAAGUAAUGGAAAAAAAAAAAAGGGAAAGUUUUGAGAAAAAUCCCUCCGAGUAGCUGAAUUUUUGGGAUUAUACUAUUAAAUGUGCGGUUUAACUGAUACUGUCGGAAUUUUAAACUGCUUUUUAAAAUUUUUAUACAUGCACUUUUCGAAUAACGUUUGCACUGCAAAGUUCCCUACUGAGGACAUCUAUGGAUGCUGAUACGGCACGUCUUCGAGAGGAAGGAGGGAAGAUGUGAGGAGAUUAUACCUGCUGGAGAGGUGAUUUUAGAAAAGCCAGGUGCUACGUGCGACCUCCAGCAAUAGUCCCGCGUUUCAAGCUUUGUACCCGAAUGAGGUAGUCCGUGGCAUCCUAAUUCGAGAUUUCCGAGGCUCCGUUGAAAACGCUGCGGGCUUUAAGGUGUGGUACGGUGCCUUGUUAAGGGGUGCGAAUCAGGGUGAAAUGGUUACGUUACCCUAAGGGGAUCCGACGAACGACACCGAGCACUGCUGGGUUAACGUAAGUGCAAUAACUGGUACAUCAUUUACCAUGAGUGCAUUCUGGGUAAAUAUGACAUUUUUCUUUACAUUCUCUAUUAUCGCUGUUAUAUUUUAGCAUAACACCCUUUUAGAACUUAAUUUCUUUUUUUAACCAUUCUUUUCUAAUGAAGCACAUUGAACUGUACGUGAUGUGGAAAUCAGUUUUUCAAUUCAGGAUGAGGAGUAUAACUGGAAUUAGGUUUUUUCCUCUACCAACCACUUAAUUCUGAAGACAACUGAGUGCAGCCUGUGGUUUGUGUUUAUUUUGGGUGCAUACAAUUAGGCCCUUUUGUUUUUAUUGGAAAUGCAAUAUGCUGUCUUAGUCAUCUGCUGAAUCUGCUUUGCUAUGUGUUUAUUGAUGAUUAUCAUCAUUUUUUUUUUGUUGGGGAAAAAGUGAUUUUUACUGUGUUUGUGUUUUGAAGUAGCAGCCCAAAGAAAAUAAAAUGAAGGUUCAGGGAUGUCAGGCUUUCUGUCCCAUCAUAAAUGUGAAUUUUAAAAUCUUCAUGCAGAAAAUGUUUCUAUAUAUGUAUUUACUGGUAUGUGUAUCACCGGAAAGUUUAAUGGCUGUUUGUCUGAUUCUUUAAACCUACUUGAAAUUCCAGUUGUAUUUAGAGUUCAUAAGAAAUGUUUCUGCAGCACCAUUAAAAUGUCAGUUGAAUAUUUUUGUGGCACUUGGUAAUGUACCUUGUAAAUAUUUUUCUGUUCUUGCCUUUGUCUGGAUUUGAGUAAAAAGCAUCACAGUAUCUCUCUCACACACACACACACACACACACACACACACGCACACGCACGCUCUUUGCUGUUAUCAGUUUAUCCUGUUAAGUCCCAACGUUGAGCUUUCCUUCAUAUUUAUGCAUUUAUCUAUCUCCCUUUUUAAACAUUUGUAUUUACUAAUGGGUCUGUUGCAGUUUUUUUUUUAAGGUACUUAUGUUGUUCCUGCAUUACAUAUUUAGUAUAUUGCAUUUAUUUUUGUAUUUCUUCUUGCUCAGUGUUAUCUGCCAAACGCAACUAAAUAUGCUACUGCCAAACGUGGGACGAACGCCUUUCAGUUUUGAUGGUAAUGUAUGUGCUCCAUCAUUUACCCCAUGUUU